GGUGGGGGAUGCAGGCAGCGCCUGCAGUGGACCUCACACUCAUCCCAAAACGGCUAAAAGCAACGCUGCUGACACAUGCGGAUCAACAUCCACAAGUAACUAAGGCCACCUGUUAGCCAAAUCAACACCAAGUAUUACGGUAUAUCGGGGGGAAAACGUCCACCACAUACUACUACCCUCCGCCUCCACACAAACAGAAACCCCCUUUCAACAAUGCUCUCCAGCAUUCAGAAUGUGCGGCAAACUGCCGCGCAGAUCCUGAAUUUCGGUCUGGUGCUCAGCACCGCCUUUAUGAUGUGGAAAGGUCUCUCCGUGCUCACCAACUCGCCCAGCCCGAUUGUCGUCGUCCUCAGUGGCUCCAUGGAGCCGGCCUUCCAGCGCGGCGACCUUCUCUUCCUCCGUAAUAACCAGCCUAUGUUGAACGUCGGCGAGAUUGUGGUGUAUCAGGUCAAAGAUAAAGAGAUUCCGAUCGUACAUCGGGUGGUGCGACAAUUCGGCGAUGAGUCCAACUCGAAACUCCUUACGAAGGGUGACAACAACAUCGCGGAUGAUACGGAACUCUAUGCGCGCGGACAGGAUUACCUCGAUCGGGACGACGUUGUCGGAAGCGUGUUUGGGUAUAUUCCGUUUGUCGGGUACGUGACCAUUCUGCUGUCGGAACAUCCGUGGUUGAAGACGGUUAUGCUGGGGGUGAUGGGUGUGUUGGUUUUGCUGCAGCGGGAGUAGGUAGAAGAAAUCCGUAGGGUAGAAUCUUCAAAAUAUACGGGGUAUGGGUUUCCGAAUUCCUCGUUUUGAAUGGAUAUGGGGUUUGGGUUUGGGGGCCAUGUAGGAGGCAACCAUCGCGGAAGUCUCGGGGGGUCAGCAGAAUACUAUUCGCCUGAACCAAGGGGACUUGAGGGCCAAGCGAAACCGGG